GAAGAAGGAUUAGAAACUGCAGGGCUACAAAUUAAAUUAAAAAAAAAAAAUAAUAAUGACAUAGAAGUAGAUGAAUGGAUGUCUGAUUUUUCGGAUGUUGAUGUAAACAUGUGCAUAAAGAUUCGUGAUGAAGAAUACUUAGAAAAAUUUGAUUGGGAAGAUGUAAAGAAUAAAUAUAACCAUGCGAAUGACAAAAAAGAGUAUAUUGAGAAUUUAGCGAGUUGGACUAAGAAAAAACCGGCUACUGUUGCAAAGAAACAUGGUUGUUCAAUUGGUGAUGUUAAUUCAAAACGGGCCGCAUAUUUUUUACUUGGAAAUUAUUUAAUCAAUAAGAACUCUAAUGAAAAACAAUAUCUUAAAUAUUCGAAACCAUGUUAUCAAAGGGUCGCAAAUAUCAUAGAGAUUCUUGGAAAAAAUUUUCUCCUCCUUCCUAUACCAACCAACUAUUUUGUUGGUAGACAUAGCGAAACAAGAAAAAUUGAUUCCUUCAUCAAAUGGCUUAAAGAUGUUCAUGAUG